ACCAGACAGACGGUCGAAUCAAGCCGAGUAGAGUGAGAGAGGGAACAGGAGCGGACCGAGUCCCACGUACCGCAAGUUCCGCAGUUGAGACGCCGCUUUUGCUACUCUAUAUUUUCUCCGUGCUGAAGCUGUUUUAUCACAUAACGCCAACAUGCGUGAGAUAGUGCACCUGCAAGCCGGUCAAUGCGGCAAUCAGAUCGGGGCUAAGUUCUGGGAGGUGAUCAGUGAUGAGCACGGAAUUGACCCCACAGGAACGUAUCACGGCGACAGUGACCUGCAGCUGGACAGGAUCAAUGUGUAUUACAACGAAGCCUCAGGAGGUAAAUACGUUCCGCGUGCCAUCCUAGUGGACCUGGAACCUGGAACCAUGGACUCGGUCCGCUCGGGACCCUUUGGGCAGAUCUUCAGGCCCGACAACUUCGUGUUUGGCCAAAGUGGUGCCGGAAACAACUGGGCCAAGGGCCACUACACAGAGGGGGCCGAGCUGGUGGACUCGGUGCUGGACGUGGUCAGGAAGGAGGCCGAGAGCUGCGACUGCCUGCAGGGCUUCCAGCUGACGCACUCCCUGGGGGGUGGCACGGGCUCGGGCAUGGGCACCCUGCUCAUCAGCAAGAUCCGCGAGGAGUACCCUGACCGCAUCAUGAACACCUUCAGCGUGGUGCCCUCGCCCAAGGUGUCCGACACAGUGGUGGAGCCCUACAACGCCACGCUCUCCGUCCACCAGCUGGUGGAGAACACGGACGAGACCUACUGCAUCGACAACGAGGCGCUCUACGACAUCUGCUUCCGCACACUCAAGCUCACCACGCCCACCUACGGCGACCUCAACCACCUGGUGUCGGCCACCAUGAGCGGAGUGACCACCUGCCUGCGCUUCCCCGGGCAGCUCAACGCCGACCUCCGCAAGCUGGCCGUCAACAUGGUGCCCUUCCCCCGCCUGCACUUCUUCAUGCCCGGCUUCGCCCCCCUCACCAGCAGGGGGAGCCAGCAGUACCGCGCGCUGUCCGUGCCCGAGCUCACCCAGCAGAUGUUCGACUCCAAGAACAUGAUGGCCGCCUGCGACCCGCGCCACGGCCGCUACCUGACGGUGGCCGCCGUCUUCCGCGGGCGCAUGUCCAUGAAGGAGGUGGACGAGCAGAUGCUCAACGUGCAGAACAAGAACAGCAGCUACUUCGUGGAGUGGAUCCCCAACAACGUCAAGACGGCCGUCUGCGACAUCCCGCCCCGCGGCCUCAAGAUGGCCGCCACCUUCAUCGGCAACAGCACGGCCAUCCAGGAGCUGUUCAAGCGCAUCUCCGAGCAGUUCACCGCCAUGUUCCGCCGCAAGGCCUUCCUGCACUGGUACACCGGCGAGGGCAUGGACGAGAUGGAGUUCACCGAGGCCGAGAGCAACAUGAACGACCUGGUGUCCGAGUACCAGCAGUACCAGGACGCCACCGCCGAGGAGGGCGAGUUCGAGGAGGACGCCGAGGAGGAGGUGGCCCAGGCCUAGACUUCUCUCCACUCUC